GGCGCGGGGCGCGCACGCUUUAAAUGGCAUUCGCUGUCAUCCGAGCUUGCAGUCGUGUGGGCAGAGGCGGGCUAUAUAAGCAGCGAGGCGGGCUGCCGCGGGGCACACGGCGACAGCGACAGCGGCGGCAGGGAGCCUCUCAGAGCGCCGCGGAGCAGCUCAGCACAGCCCCGCGCCCCUCGACGGGCCCGCCCGCCCGCCAUCCCUCCCCAGCAGCGCCGGCUCGGGCCAACGAGGCCCGCCGCCACCCCGCAGCAGAUUUGGAUCCCCCGCCCGGAGAGCCUCAGGCUGCCGCCUCCCGGGGGACCCCGGAGCCGCGGCCGCCCCCGGAGAGCCCGGGCGCACCGCCGCCCCCCGGCCCCGCAGCCACCGACGGCGCCAUGGCGGCCGCCAAGCCCGGCGAGCUCAUGGGCAUCUGCUCCAGUUACCAGGCGGUGAUGCCGCACUUCGUGUGCCUGGCCGACGAGUUCCCGCAGCCGGUGCGGCCCGCCAAGCUGCCCAAGGGCAAGGGCCGGCUGCGGCGGCCGCGCCAGUCCCGCUUCAAGACGCAGCCGGUGACCUUCGACGAGAUCCAGGAGGUGGAGGAGGAGGGGGUGUCCCCGAUGGAGGAGGAGAAGGCCAAGAAGUCGUUCCUGCAGAGCUUGGAGUGCCUGCGCCGCAGCACGCAGAGCCUGUCGCUGCAGAGGGAGCCGCUCGCCAGCUGCAAACUGAGGAACAGCCUGGACUCCAGCGACUCCGACUCGGCCCUGUGAGGCAACAGCCAGCUUGGGGACUCGCUCCGCUGCCACGCGCCGGAAAGCCGCGGGCGCACCCGGAGGGGACCCGUGCCCCCAGGCGGCCCCGACCAUCGGGGAUCGGCACCCCUCGCUCGCUCUGACUCUUGCCGGGCCGCGGACACGCCGGCUCCCUGGAGCCAGUUCGGGGACGCCAGGGAGGGGAGCCGCUUUCUUUGCCCUUGUAAAUGUUUAUUUUUUAACUCUUUCCCAGUACGAACUGUGAGUGUGCGCGGGAGGCGGCCCGUGCUGAGCUGGCUCGCCGCUGCCGGGGGUCGCCGCUGCAAGGCCUUUUGGUUUGCAACUCCGAUUUUGCACACCGCUCCACUGUGCCCCACCCCCAUCGCACACCCGUUCACACUCACGCCGACACUCUCGCUGAACACUUUUAUAAUUGUUGGGCUGGCCGAGGGGACUUGGGGCGCAGCGCGCCUGCUGCUGCAGCCGGAGGAUUGAUAUUUAUUUUUGCAUUGCAAUAGCUGAAGGCGUUUUAUUUAACGGUCUUUUUACCUGGAUGUUGUCGGUGAGGCGUCCGAAUGGACACAAAUAAAGCCAAUAUAUUUACACAGUG